AUGCCGGCCAUCAAGAAAUCAAAGUCCAGAUCCAAACCUCCCGCGUCCGACCCCAAACAACGCGCCAGACUCCUCCAAGGCGCACUGCACGCCCCCCAACCGCUCACGAUGGAUUCACAAGCGAAGCGAAACAUCGUCAUCGUCGAGCUCUCUCUCCCUCCAGGCGGCGGCAUCAUCGGCUCCACAACAGCCUACUUCCUCACCCGCCACCCGAAAUACAACCCCUCCCUCCACCGCAUCACCAUCCUCGAGGCCUCCUCCGUCGCCGCCGGCGCCUCGGGCAAGGCCGGCGGCCUGCUCGCCCUCUGGGCCUACCCUUCCUCCCUCGUCCCGCUGUCCUACCGCCUGCACAAGGAGCUCGCCGCCGAGCACGGCGGCGACAAGAGGUGGGGCUACCGGCGCGUGGGGUGCGGCAGCUUCGAGGCGCGCGUGACGAAACAGAGGCUCGAAGAGCUGCGCCGGCGCCAGGCCGCCGUCUCCACGAAGACCGAGGUCAACGGCGGCGGUGGCGAGCAGGAUGAAGGGGGAAAGGGCUGGGAGAAGCUCCCCAAAAAGGACGAGAACGCCGAGUCGCUCCUCGAGGAGUCCGUCCUGCCGCGCGACCUCGACUGGAUCGACCGCGAAUCCGUGCACUCGUACGCCGAGAUGGGCUCCCCCGGCGCCACCGAGACGGCGCAGGUGCACCCCUUCCACUUCACGACCUCGAUGGCGGCGCUGGCGCAGGACAAGGGCGUCGAGGUGCGGACCAUGGCGCAGAUGACCAAGAUAAUCCACCACCACCACCCUGCCACAUCCGAAGGGGCUGGUUCGCCACUGCGGAGCGUGGAGUACCUGGACCGCGAGUCGGGCGAGACGAGGACCAUCGACGGCGUCACGGACGUGCUGAUCGCCGCGGGGCCGUGGACGGGACGGCUGGUCCCGGGUUGCAAGGUCACGGGUCUGCGUGCGCACAGCGUCGUCUACGACGCCGACGUGAGCCCUUACGCCGUCUUCACGAGCAUCGAGCUGCCCUCCGACUUCGUGCCGGAGCACCGGGCCAGCAAGGGGCAGAAGAGGAGGCACAAGAGGGUCGUGGACCCCGAGAUCUACGCGCGGCCGUUCGGGGAGGUCUACGCUUGCGGCGAACCGGACAAGAACGUCCCGCUGCCGGACACGGCCGACAAGGUGCAGGUCGACGAGGCCAACUGCGACGACAUCAUAUCCUACAUCGCGACCUUCAGCCCGGCGCUGGCGGCCGCGCCCGUCAAGGCCAAGCAGGCGUGCUACCUGCCGCAGGUCGAUUACGGCCCGCUGGUCGGCCCCACGUCGGUCCCGGGCCUGUGGCUCGCGUCCGGGCACACCUGCUGGGGAAUCCAGAACGGCCCGGCGACGGGGAAGCUGAUGUCCGAGUACAUCUUCGACGGCGAGGCCACGAGCUCCGACAUUUCGGAUCUGGAUCCUAGGAAAUACAAGGUGUAA